CGGGACUUGGAUUUCUUCCCAGGGGGACAAACUCAGAAUAUCAAUAGUGUAUACAAGUUCGCUUUUCAGACUGUACGUUUACGCACUGCUAUAACUGUCGUCUCUGAAGUAUCGACCGUCUCAUCUCUAAGAGCAUAGCCAACUCCCGUCGUAGAGGUCGGUCCCUUGUUGCCUGAACAGGAAAGAAUUCUCACGUCCUAUGCCUGCGAGGAAGGGUCUUCCCGCACAGGCGGACGAUAGAGAUGUACCCUCUCAGAUUCCUAAAAAGAGGGGUCGCGAGGAGGAGGACGACGAUGAUUAUGACGGCGUCGACAAACCCGUCAUUGCAAAGCGACCUCCCCUUUUGCCGCGAACAGGCAUUCCGGCCAGCUCCUUCUUUGCCGCGGACAGGAACGCCAUCACAAGGAAGUUCAAGGUUCCUACGUUUCUGAGCGGGCGUCCUGCAGGAGGGGCGUUGAGGGCGGGAACAACACUAGGGACACGCCCACGGACCAACGUGUAUAAAGGACCAUUAUAUGACCCCGAAGCUCCCGAUGCCAUUGUUUUACACCAUCCGCGCGUUCUUUCGGCGACCGAGAAGUUAGAAGCGCUAAAGUUGAAGCCGAAGGAUGGGUCCAGUGAUGUGGAAGUACAUGUGGUUGUUGAUCCCAUGCUCGGAAAAGUAUUGCGGCCCCAUCAGAUCGAAGGGGUGCGGUUCCUGUACAACUGCGUGACCGGAAGGGUGAAGGACAAUGCGUAUGGAUGUAUCAUGGCCGACGAAAUGGGAUUGGGUAAAACGCUGCAAUGCAUCACUUUGCUAUGGACCUUGUUGAAGCAAUCCCCGCAGGCUGGAAAGGCAACCAUUGACAAGGCAGUCAUCGCUUGCCCUUCUAGUCUGGUGAAGAACUGGGCGAACGAGUUGGUCAAGUGGUUAGGGCCCAACAGCAUAAGGCCUUAUGCUUGCGACAACAAAGGGACAAAAGAACAGACAGAAAAGGACAUGAGAAAGUUCGUCUCCGACAAAGGCCGUGGCAUCGUGCAGCCUGUACUCAUCGUGUCAUACGAGACUUUGCGGAUAUAUUGCGACAUACUAUGUCAGACGGAGAUCGGGUUACUCCUGUGUGAUGAAGGUCACAGGCUGAAGAACGCGGACUCGCAAACCUAUAUCAACCUCAAUAAGCUUAAUGCAAAGCGACGGGUGAUCUUAUCGGGAACUCCAAUCCAGAACGAUUUGACUGAGUAUUUCGCACUCAUCAGUUUUGCAAUUCCGGACGUUCUUGGCUCCGGCGCCGAGUUCCGCAAAAAAUACGAGUUGCCUAUUUUGCGUGGAAGAGAUGCAGAAGCUUCCGAAAAGGACCGAAAUCUCAGUGAAGAGAGGCUGAAAGAGCUUCUUGCAAUUGCGAAUCAGUUUAUCAUUCGCCGGACAGCAGAGCUACUAACAAAAUACUUACCGGUCAAGUACGAGCAUGUUGUAUUCUGCAAGCUGACCGAUGCUCAAAUGAACCUGUACAAGCACUUCACCAAGUCCAAGGAAGUGAGCCGUCUUCUGUCUGGUUCCGGAUCACAGCCUUUACGGGCGAUCACUUUCCUCAAGAAACUAUGCAACCAUCCCGCCUUGAUCGAUCGGAAGCUGUUAGGACCUGAAACGGACUCGAUUCUUCCACCAAACUUCGAUUGGAACAAGGCUCAAGCCGAGUUCUCUGGGAAAAUGUUGUUACUGGAGCGGAUGCUCGAUAAGAUGAGGAAGACAUCGUCGGACAAGAUCGUUUUGAUCAGCAACUACACUCAAACGUUGGACCUGAUAGAGAUUAUGUGUCGCCAACGGAGAUGGGGCCAACUACGACUAGAUGGGUCAAUGACGAUUCAGAAGCGCCAAAAGCUUGUUGACAGGUUCAAUGACCCGGCUGGCCCGGAGUUCAUUUUCCUGCUGUCCAGUAAAGCAGGCGGGUGUGGAAUCAACUUGAUUGGCGCCAACCGGCUGAUACUAUUCGAUCCGGAUUGGAAUCCAGCCAACGAUGCACAGGCCCUAGCUCGAGUCUGGCGAGACGGGCAGAAAAAGACCUGCUUCAUAUACCGGUUCAUUGCCACUGGCUCGAUCGAAGAGAAAAUCUUUCAAAGACAAGCCCACAAGCAAUCCCUCAGCAGUUGUGUCGUAGACGCGGAAGAAGACGUCGAGCGACAUUUCUCUCUCGAAAACCUGCGGCAGCUCUUCCUUCUCAAUGAGGACACGCUGUCAGAUACCCACGAUACCUUCCGUUGCAAGCGAUGCGUGCGCGGUAUGCAAAUGAAGAAACCAGCCGAAAAUACAGUGAACACAGGCGCCCAGGCAGCCGACACGAGCAACUGGAACCACUUCAGCAAAGAGGAGCUGCAUAAAGUCCACGACACCGUUCUGAAGGAUGAAGGCAUCGCCAGUGGGGUUGCCACUUAUGUAUUCCAAAACAAGUCGCAUGACCAACAGGUGGUCAAGCUGAAGUGACCAAGCCUAAUCCCUACUCGUUUCUCGCACAUAUCAGACCCGGAGGAUCGGAGAGAAAUACCAAUUUU